CAUUGACAAAGGUGUAGGAUGACAUCUGGUGUUUUGAUUGUGGCCAGCCCUAAAGCUAGUUUUUGCCGUUUGGAAUACGCCGCUGUGAUUCAAUUUUAAAGGGGUUUCUCCUGCUACCUUGAAGCUCACUGUGCCUCUUGUUUCCGAAGGAGAAAAGCUGAUUUAGUAAUCUAAAUGGAUGCAAUACUGAAUUACAGGUCGGAAGAUACUGAAGAUUACUACAUGUUACUGGGAUGUGAUGAACUAUCUUCGGUUGAACAAAUCCUGGCAGAAUUUAAGAUCAGAGCUCUGGAAUGUCACCCUGACAAGCAUCCUGAAAACCCCGAGGCUGUGGAGACUUUUCAGAAACUGCAGAAAGCAAAGGAGAUACUGACCAAUGAAGAAAGUCGAGCCCGCUAUGACCACUGGCGGAGGAGCCAGAUAUCGAUGCCGUUCCAGCAGUGGGAAGCUUUGAGUGAUUCGGUGAAAACGGUGUGUUUCUCUCUGGGGAUGAUGUGA